UAAAACAAAUUCAUAUUUUUGAUCGGAAUAUUUCAAAUACAGGAGUACAAAAUAAGUUUCUGUAAAUUCAUUUAUUAAUAAUUAUUAAUUUAUUUGCAAAAGUAACGUAAAAUAUGGUCGCUGUAAAUAGUGAAUAAAUGAAUAAGAGGAAAAUACGCAAAGAGUACAAAUUUCUAUAAUAUAUACGGGAAGAAUUUGCGAGCGCUCUCUCUCUCUCUCUCUCCUUCACAACUCUUAGUUCUCGCUCCGCUUUUCACUAGCAAAUCGUUUUGAUAAAAAUUUAAAAACUUAAAAACCUUUAACGAUUUAAGACGUGUUUAGCGCACGGUAAUAAAAAGUAAUAAAAGAAAGAAUCAAAAACCCAUAAAAGCUCAUGUGUUAAUUAAAUUUUAGCUCUGCUAAUAAAUUCAAUAUAAAUCGUUUAUAUACAAAAGUAUCUAAUAAUAUAUCGCACUAACCGAUACGCAACAGUACAGAGUUUUGCAUAUAAACAAUUUGUAUAGUACAAAGAUAUAAAAAAAAGUGAUUUCUACUUAUAAAAUUAUUCCUCUAUAAGGGAGAAAUUUGUAAAAAUAAUUCACGAAAAUAAAUGUAAAAAAACAAAAUUUUUUUAUAUAAAUAACAAAAACAAAAAAAAAAAAAACUGAAAUCAAACUUGAAAACGCAUGCAUAUAAACGUUUAAUUAAGAAAUAAAUCAAUUUAUUCAUUAAAAGAAUAAAACGAAGAAUAAACUUAAAAAAAAAAAAGGAAAGAUUUCAUAUCAAAAACUGUCCAUCUUCAUAUCAAUUAAAAAGUAAUAAUAAAGAAAAUAAAAAAAAAAUAAAUAAAAACAAAAAAAAAAGAACAAACACAAUAACAAUAUAAGCGUAACAGCAACAAAAUGUGGAGUCCAACAAAAGCAACACCAACAUCAUCGUCGUCAUUGUCAAGUGAUAAUAAGAACAAAAGAGAAGAAGUAGAUGAUUGUAGAUGUAGUAAUAUUGAAACUAAAGUAGAUGUAGACUUAACUAUUACUCCACAACAGCAACAGCAACAAAUUAAAAUUAAUAAUAAGCAACAGACGCUUAGCUCAGUUGGUGCGCAAUCAUCGUACGUAGGUCAGCAAGCGGGAGGGCAACAAGAACGAAAAUUUGUUAAAAGCGAGGAGGAGGAACAGGAGGAAGAAAGUGAUUGCAAACAUUUUACGGAAUCAGCAACAGAUUCAGGUUUCAUUUCGGGUCCACAGCAGAUCGACAUUAGUUCUUCUGCUAAUAUUCUCAACGAUCAUUCAACAACAAUAAAGAGGAAUAGUGCUGGUGCUAUUGAACAAUAUAAUAUCACAACGACUGCCCUUUCACGCAAAGCACAAAAGCAACAAAAAGAACAAGAACAAGAAGAAGUAGAGGAAAAUUCAAUUUUCGAUUCGGGUUGCAUAGCCGAAGUUGAGGAUAGUGUUGAAAUUGAGCCCAAAAGCGUUACAACAUCGAACGCAUCAACAACAACAACGGAGAGUGCAAGUAACGAUUCUCAAAUGCUCAUCAAACAUAACGUGGAUGCUGGUAUGGCAGAAUGGUUUUGCAAUUUAAGCUUGCAAACCGAUGGCACCCAAACGACAGAUAAUGCCUCGCGCCUGGGGAUAAAUAAUUUAAAUGCACUGCAAAGGCAACGUACAACAACAACACAACAACAACAACAACAACAGCAACCACAACAACAACAAAACGUUACAACAGGAAACUCUAUUAUUACACCAACCGUACCAACAAUAACGAUGACACCGUCAUCGGCCUGGGAACAAUUCUAUCAGCAAAACGAUGAUGGAGAUACACCUUUGCAUUUGGCUUGCAUUUCGGGUUCUGUGGAUGUGGUAGCUGCCCUAAUAUGCAUGGCUCCGCAUCCCUGCCUACUAAAUAUACAAAACGAUGAUUGCCAGACACCAUUACACUUGGCUGCCUUAACAGCGCAACCGAAAAUUCUAAGAAUGCUUUUAAUAGCCGGAGCUGAGCCCACCAUACGUAAUCGAAAUGGUAAUACAGCUUUACACUUAGCCUGCAUAUCUGGCGAAGAGCAAUGUGUGCGUGCCUUAAUUAUACCGAUAAGUCCGUCCGAAAUCAAUGAAGCUCGUAACCAGUAUGGAAAUCGCGCUAAUGACAAAACCUAUUUAAGUUGUGCUCGUCUACCCUCCGAUUUAGAAAUACGCAAUUAUGACGGAGAAAGAUGUGUUCAUUUAACCGCCCAAUUGGGUUAUAUCGACAUUUUACGUUUACUUGUUUUAUAUGGAGCUGACAUUAAUGCAAGGGAAGGUAAAUCUGGACGAACCCCGUUGCAUAUUGCCAUCGAAGCUUGCAAUGAAAGUUUAUUCAAUUAUUUGUUGGACGAAUGUCAAAAACUUAAUUUGGAAACGGAAACUUAUGCUGGUCUAACCGCUUAUCAAGUAGCCUGUCUGCUAAACAAAUCCACAUUACAAAAUAUGUUAAAAACACGCGGCGCCGAACCGUUAACCCCACCAGAUAGUGAAUAUGAUGGUAGCGAUGUAGAAUCCGAUUUAGAGGAAGCAAAGUUUGUAGAUCGUUUUGGUGAUCCUGGCUAUUUUGCUAACUUUAAAGGCGGUAAUGCAAUGACUGUGGCCUAACAUAACAACAACAAGCAGUUAUUUGCUGAACUCUUUUUACGUAUUUUUCCAUUUCGAUUUAUUAUCAUUAUUAACAUAAAUUUUUGAAACUUUUCGAUUCGAGAUUUUGAAUUUUUUGUAUUUAAAAUCAAUUCACUACGUGCUUUGGUUGAUCGUAGAACGAUUAAACUAAAUCCUCAUUAAAUUGUAUUGCAUUACGCACAAUUUAUUAGCUUUAUUUAUUUGCAUUGCAUUGUUCGAUUAAUUGAUUGAGCAAAAAUGAAAAAAUGUUUAUUUUUUUUUUCAUUUUUCAUUGAAAUGAAUGUUCAAUUGCAUUAAAUUUAAACAUGUAUUCGAAAUCAUUAUGGUAUCAUUUUAAUUAUUAAUUGCUUUAGUA